GUUGCUUCUUUAAUUCUCCCAAAAAAUAAAAUCAUGGAACCCAAAUUCUGUAUAAAUUUAUCCCAAUCCUCACCAACUAUUGUUGUUUUUCCUUCCUUUCUCUCAUACAAAUCUGCUAUGCUUCAUAAACCAAAAGUUUCUGUAGAGGUUCCCUUGUCAGUUUCUACGAAGCAAUCAGAAAAUACUCCAUUUUGGGGUAGAAGUUUGGUUUUGCAAGAGAGGAAUGAUUAUUUGGGGAUCGCGAGAAAAACCCAUUUCACAGUUAGAGCAAUUGUGAAGAGAAGGAAAGAGGCUCCUUUUGAUAAUGUGAUUCAAAGGGAUAAGAAGCUCAAGUUGGUUUUGAAGAUUAGGAAGAUUUUAGUGAGCCAACCCGAUCGAACUAUGGCACUUCGCGAAAUGGGUAGGUUUAGAAAAGUUUUGGGUCUUCAGAAAAAGAGAAGAUUUAUUGCUUUGUUGAGGAAAUUUCCGGCAGUAUUUGAGAUUGUGGAAGAAGGGGCUUAUUUGCUUCGGUUUAAAUUGACACCUGAGGCUGAGAGGCUUUAUUUGGAGGAGAUGAAGAUUAAGAAUGAGAUGGAGGAUUUGUUGGUUGUUAAGCUAAGAAAAUUAUUGAUGAUGUCUGUGGAUAAACGGAUUCUUUUGGAGAAGAUUGCCCAUUUGAGAACUGAUCUUGGGCUGCCUUUAGAAUUUCGUGACACAAUUUGCAGGCGAUACCCACAAUAUUUUAAGAUUGUUGUGACUGGACGAGGUCCAGCCUUAGAGUUAACUCAUUGGGAUCCUGAGCUUGCUGUUUCUGCAGCUGAGCUUGCUGAAGAGGAGAAUAAAGCAAGAGAGCUAGAGGAGAAAGAUCUAAUUAUUGAUAGGCCAUUAAAAUUUAAUAGAGUUACACUACCAAAGGGUCUUAAACUUUCAAAGGGUGAGAUGAGAAGGAUUUUUCAAUUUAGGGAUAUGCCUUAUAUAUCACCUUACUCCGACUUCUCUGCACUUAGGGCUGGUACUUUAGAGAAAGAAAGGCAUGCUUGUGCUGUUGUUCAUGAGAUGUUGAGCCUCACUAUUGAGAAAAGAACUCUUGUGGAUCAUCUCACUCAUUUUCGAGAGGAAUUUAGAUUCUCUCAGCAGCUUAGAGGGAUGCUGGUAAGGCACCCUGAUAUGUUUUAUGUCUCCUUGAAAGGAGAUAGGGACUCAGUUUUUCUGCGGGAAGCAUAUCGUGAUUCUCAAUUGGUAGAGAAGGAUCGUUUGUUGCUAAUCAAGGAGAAGCUUCGUGCGCUUGUUGCUGUUCCAAGAUUCCGAAGGAGUGUUUCAAAAACUGAAUCAGAUGGGGCAGAAGGAACUAGUGAGCCACGAGAAGGAAGUGGUGGGGAGGACGAGGAAGAAUGGUCUGAUAUUGAUAAUUUGGGUAGUGAUGGUUUUGAUGAUGAGGAUGAAUAUAUUGAUGACGAUGAUGAGGGUGAUUGGAGUGAGGAAGAUGAUGAUGUGCUACCUGACUUUGAAGAAGAUGAUGGAAAUGUAACCCUUGGACCAAGCAAACCAACUAGACAGGUAGAUAACUCAACAAAGCAUGAAGGGAAGGUUCUUGUUCCUAUGUUCCCUGAUGGUCGACAAAGAGAACGCUGGUAA